AUGGAAUUACAAACUAUUCCAAAUAAUAUUAGCCUUGCUAAUGGAGAUAGUAAAGGUGUUCAACUAACAUUUAAAAAUAUUGUUUAUAAGGUUGAUAAUAAAAAGUAUAAAAAAUUAGUUAAAAAACAAGAAAAAGCUAAAAAAAAGAAUGACACUGAAAGUUCCACUGGUGAUAUGAAUACUGGUGUAUCAACAACAAUCGAAAAAGAAUUAACAAUUUUAAAUAAUGUUAGUGGUGUUAUUGAAAAAGGUGAAUUAGUUGCAUUGAUGGGACCAUCAGGUUCAGGUAAAUCAACUUUAUUGGAUAUUUUAGCACAACGUAAAUCAACUGGUAAAAUAACUGGUCAAUUAUUAGUUAAUGGUAAAGAAAUUGGUGAAGCUUACAAAAAGUAUUGUAGUUAUGUUACACAAGAAGAUGUUUUAUUACAAACUUCAACUGUAUUUGAAACAUUAAAAUUUUAUGCUGAUUUAAAACUUCCAGGUGUUUCUGAAAUUGAAAAAAUUAAAAGAGUUGAACAAAUUAUUGAAGAUAUUGGUUUAACAAAGAGAACUCAUUCAAAGAUUGGUGGUGUUUUACCAGGUGGUAUUUUAAUGAAAGGUUUAUCAGGUGGUGAAAAACGUAGAGUUAGUAUUGGUUGUGGUUUAGUUACAAAUCCAAGUUUAAUAUUUUUAGAUGAACCAACAAGUGGUUUAGAUUCAGUUGCAGCAUUACAAAUUAUGAAAACAUUAUUAAAUUUAACAUUAAAAGGUGUUACAGUAAUUUGUAGUAUCCAUCAACCACGUCCUGAAAUUUUUGCAUUAUUUAAUAAAGUAAUGGUAAUUAUUAAAGGUAAAAUGAUUUAUAGUGGUAGUAAUAUUUUGGAAUAUUUUGAAUCAUUAGGUUAUCCAUGUCCAAAUAAUACAAAUCCAGCAGAUUUUUGUUUAGAUUCAGCAGUUGAAAUUGGUGAAGGUGAACGUUAUACUGAAAUUUGUAAUCAAUGGCAAAAGAUUUGGGAGAAUGAAUUAUUGAAUGAGAUUGAAUAUCCACCAGUGAAUGUAGAGAAACCAAAAACUGCAUCAUGGGGAUACCAAUAUUGGAUUCUAUUAGGUAGAACAUGGAAAGAUUUCCUACGUAACCAAGGUAAUUUCGUAGCAAGAGUUGGUACCGCAGUGGUUACUGGUUUAUUAUUUGGUGUUUGUUUUGCAGGUUUAAAAGAGACUGAAGCUGAUGUUCAAAAGAUUUUAGGUACAAUUUUCUUUUUAAUUACUGGUUUAAAUUUAACACCUUUCGCAGUGAUUUCAUUAUUCCUUUCUGGUAGAACUCUUUUCAACGCCGAGAGAGCUUCUAAAAUUUACCAUUCUUUCCCAUACUAUAUGGCGAUGGUAACUGUGGAAACUUUAAUUGUAUUUUUGGUCGCAUUGAUUAAUGCAGCAAUUUGUUAUUUAUUCGCUCAUUUACGUUGGACUGCUGGUCACUUUUUCUUUGCAAUUAUGGUUUAUUUCUUUGUUCAUUUACUCUCUGAUUUUAUGAUUUCAACAAUUGCUAAUUUAACUGGUACUAGUGAUAUGACUUUUGCUUAUGGAAGUGGGCUUUCUGUAAUUUAUAUGUUAUUUGCAGGUUUUUACGUGCCAACAAAUGAAUUACCAAAAUCAUUUGGUUGGUUACAUUGGGUUAAUCCACUUUUUUAUUCAUUUGUUUCUCUUGUUGUAAAUCAAUUUGAAGAUUUACCUUUAGAAUGUACAAGACCAAAUAUCCCGGUUGGAAAUUCUACUAUUCAAAUACCAUGUCAAUUUAGUAAUGGAAAUCAAGUUAUUGAAUAUUAUGGUAUAGAUGAUUGGACAAGAGGUAGUUCAUUUGGUGUUGUUGUUGCAUGGACUGUUUUCUUUUUCUGGACUUCAUACCUUGCAUUACACUUUUUAAACAAAGAAAAGAGAUAA